GAUGGAAUAAGAACGCAGGCUGAGAGAACCAGAAGGGGAAGGGAGCGAAGAGAGAGAGAGAGAGGAAGAGGGCAUCUGCAACACACGGCCCCUGUCCUCAUACGUCCCAUCUCCAGCCUUUUCACGGUUGACCGUAUUCCUCCUCCCCCGCGCCCUUCUCUUCUCUUCCCCCAUUUCUUCUUCUUCUUCUUCUUCUUAUUCUUCUUUCAUUUUCUGUCUCCUGUGUUUCUUUCUUUGUUUGUUGGCUUUGAUUCUUGUCAAUAGUCCUGCAAUCGGAAUCCGGUGAUCGGUAAAGUGGCCGGUUUCGAAGAGGAGUGAUGAAGAGAAUGCUUCCGGCGUGUAUUUCGCUUUUCACGUGACGGACGCUCGGCCGGUUUAAACCCGGCAUCCGGAUCACCUGGCUACUAGUGAGUCUAGGAAUUCAGGUAUCCGGGGCGAAGGCUGGUUGAAUCGAAUCGUUUCCCGGUUCGGCUUCCCCGCUGUAUCAGAGUCGGCGUUUCGAUUUCCUUUUGCGGGAGGUGAUCGUGUGGCCUCGGGCGCGAGUGCUGAAGCGAUCGUUGAGUUCCGUCGUUUAUAGCGAGCAGAUUCGCAGAUGUUCUCUUCCGCUUCUUCCGGAUUGUCCUGCCGCUAUCUGUAUCUCCUCUGGCUCUUUUUCCGCCGGUAGAAUAGGAUUCUAGAGGAAGGAACUGGUAGUGCCAGUGUGAGGUUGAGCGGGGAGAAUCGGGAAGGGAUUGAGGAACGCGUGGGAAGGAGGUAAGCGAGAUGCUGGAUCUGAACGAGGAGCCGCAGUUGCAGCAGCAGCUCGCGAAAUUCGUGGGCGAGGAUGGCGGCGAGUCCCCCACAAUCUGCAACGACGGCCCGCAAGGUGCUGUCGCGGCAGACGAUUCCAGCACGUCUAAUUCCUCUGUAGUGAAUACUGAUGGUUCGGCCUAUGGCGGGGAUGAGGAGUCGGGGUCGACACAGACAGGCGGGAAGAAGCUGGCGUUCAAUUUCAGCAUAUUGAAGGGAGACCAGGAAAUGAGGGAGAUAGGAGAGGAGGAAGACGGCGUGGAUGAAUCGGAGGAAAGAAAUGGGGGUGCUGCCGGAGGCAACGGGUUCCUGGAAGUAGGGGCCGUCGUUACCAGACAGCUUUUCCCGGAGGUGGCAUCGCCGAUGGCGCGAUCAGUCUCGUCGAUGACAAUGAUGACGACUCCAUCAGCUGUUCCGGUGUGUGGGAGGGGGAAUUGGGUGGACGUCGCCUUUCGGCACCACCAGGAUGCGGUGGCGGCGGGGCAGACGGAGGUAACAGCGGUGAAGGUGUUGCAGCAGCAAGUGAAAAAGAGCAGGCGCGGCCCGCGUUCUAGGAGCUCGCAAUACCGGGGAGUCACGUUUUACAGGCGAACUGGGCGAUGGGAGUCGCACAUCUGGGAUUGCGGGAAGCAAGUCUAUCUGGGUGGGUUUGAUACUGCUCAUGCCGCUGCUAGGGCAUAUGAUCGAGCUGCCAUCAAAUUUAGGGGAGUUGAUGCAGAUAUCAACUUCAACCUAAGCGACUACGAGGAAGAUCUCAAACAGAUGAGGAACCUCACAAAGGAAGAAUUUGUUCAUAUCCUGCGACGUCAGAGCACGGGAUUUUCAAGAGGGAGCUCAAAGUAUAGGGGAGUCACUCUGCACAAAUGUGGUCGAUGGGAAGCUCGAAUGGGCCAGUUUCUGGGCAAGAAAUACAUUUACCUUGGUCUUUUUGACAGCGAAAUAGAAGCUGCAAGGGCUUACGACAAAGCUGCCAUAAAAUGCAAUGGAAGGGAUGCUGUUACUAAUUUUGAACCUAGUUCUUAUGAAGGGGAACUUCUUGCUGAAGGCGAUGAAGGAGGAACUACCCACAAUCUGGAUCUCAAUUUGGGCAUCUCCCCGCCUGUUUGUUCUCACGCUUCUAAAGUUGACAACAGUUCCACUGCUUUUCGUCUUCAAUGUGGCAAUUUCGAGUCGUCUGAGAUGAACAAAUCAAGGAUGGAGAUGCCUUCGCUUUUGGUAUCUUCGGCUCAUCAUCCUCUUGGUUUGCCUUCCGACCAACCUUCCACUCUGUGGAGUGGACUUCGUCCCAACUUCUCCAACUACCAGGUCGGUGCGGAAAGGAUGAUGAACGAGAAGAGGGCGGAGGAAGUAACGGCUGCUUCAUUUGCAAAGAACUGUUUACAGCAAUCGCCCAUGUCGUCGUCAUCGGUGUCAGGGUGGGGCUGGCCUCCGCCCAACUCCCAUUUGCCGGCACCGCUAUUCCCGUCAUCUGUUGCAGCAUCAUCAGGAUUCUCUACCCAAACACCACAAGCUAGCGCCCCAUCUGCUUUUCCUCUCCAUGCCAACCGACGCUUUCAAUUCCCACCAUCCAGUUACGGCAGGAGCUAGAAAGACCCGUUAAGACCGCCCCCGAGACCCGAAGAAGGUGAAAAAGGCCAACGAAGGAAAGAUAAAAAAAAAAGAAGGAUAAAAAGGAACGACUGAACUGAACGGAAAAUUGCGGGGAGGUAUCGAAACGUGACAUCCGGAUACUGGACUAGCGAUGAAAAAAGUUGCUUGAUGGUUAAUUUUGAUAUACGUUUUUCUUUCUUUCUCUCUCUUUUUCUCUGCUUUCUCGUUUUAAAGUUUGGAGUUCAUGUGUACUAUGAUGAUAUGUGCUUGCAUGGCAGAAAAAUAUUGAGCUUUUCCCUGA